GCAAGUUGGAAACCUCCAAUCUCCUGCUGAUCAUUCCUCAUUCCUCAGUUUCCUGACUGGAUCGAUUCCUUAUAAGUGGCACACCCGUGCGAGGAAAUUUCUCCCGUUGGUUGUCAGAGUCUGUCUUCUCCCAAGGUCCAACGCCUCCAUUCUUGUUGACACGAUGUCUCCUCCCGUUUUCGGCGAUUUGGGCAAGGGUUGCCGCGAUGUCUUUGGCAAGGGAUUCCAUUUCGGUCUCAUGAAAUUGGACGUCAAGACCAAAACCGACACUGGCGUGGAAUUCAACACCACCGCCACUUCCAAUCAAGAAACCGGCAAGAUGACGGGUCAAUUGGAGACCAAGUACCGCUUCAAGGAGCACGGUAUCACCGUCACCGAGAAGUGGAACACGGACAACAACCUGUUCGCCACGGUGGACUUGCAGAACGCCUCCAUGAAGGGUCUCAAGUUGACGCUGGACUCGUCGUUCUCGCCCGCCACUGGCAGCAAGAACGGCAAAAUCAAGGCUGAAUACAAGCACGACACCUUGGCCGCCCAAGCCGAUAUGGACAUGAACAUGGGCGGGCCCCUGGUCAACGCCUCGUUGGUCUUGGGCCACCAAGGCUGGCUGGCCGGCUACCAGAUGGCCUUCGACUCGACCAAGUCCAAGAUCACGCGCAACAACAUCGGCUUGGGCUACGCCAAGGGCGACUUUGUGUUCCACAGCAAUGUCAACGACGGACAGGUCUUCAGCGGAUCAGUCUACCAACGGGUGAACCCGGCACUCGAGACGGGCGUUCAAUUGGGCUGGACCUCGUCCAACAACGCCACCCAAUUCGGCAUUGGCUGCAAAUAUAACCUCGACCGAGAUGCCUCCAUUCGUGCUAAGAUCAACAAUAACAGCCAAUUGGGCUUGGGUUACCAACAACGCUUGAGGGAAGGCAUUACCAUCACUCUCUCCACCCUGAUUGAUGGAAAGAACUUCAACCAAGGCGGUCACAAGUUGGGCGUGGCUCUGGAAGUGUCGGCCUAAACAGACGUCGAACAGAAUUGCGGUUCCUUCCGGACUAGUGCUGCUAAUUAGAACUCCUAUGUACUACUACAACAACAACAACAAAAACAACAUUGCAACGUGUUUCCUCUUUUAUCACUUUGUUAAUUUUACGUACGUCCCCUGCCCCAAAUUGAACAUCUUUCAACGGGAGACAUGCUUACUUUCUUUGAUCCAGUGGGGACGCUUGACGCGCACAUUAGUCUUUGGGGAGAGCCUCUGGAAUGUUCAGAAUGGUGAGGACGUCCUUUAUCAUUAUGAUCUGGCCUGCUGGUCUUAAGUGACCCACAGUUAAAUUUCAAACUUUCUCGCCUAUGUAUAAUUUAGCUGCUGCUGCAUUUGCCAGGACACUAGUUUGGAAUAAAAUCAUAUUUUUUGUUCACCAA